AUUUAAUAGUAGUAGUAGCAUCGAUGGUUGUGCUGUCAGUUGGCUCAAAUGGACAAGUGUUCGCCACCAGUGCCAUCCGAGGCAUUCGGUUUCUGCAGAUCCUCCGGAUGUUGCACGUGGACCGGCAGGGUGGCACCUGGCGCCUUCUCGGGUCCGUCGUUUUCAUUCAUCGACAGGAAUUGAUAACGACGCUGUACAUCGGUUUCCUGGGGCUAAUAUUUAGCUCGUAUUUUGUGUACCUAGCGGAAAAGGACGUUACCGGGCCGGAUGGGCGGCAGGACUUUGCCAGUUAUGCUGACGCCCUUUGGUGGGGAGUUAUCACCGUCACGACCAUUGGCUACGGGGACACGGUGCCGCAGACGUGGAUGGGCAAAAUUGUGGCGUCCUGCUUUAGCGUGUUUGCAAUCUCGUUCUUCGCACUUCCGGCGGGCAUCCUCGGAUCAGGCUUCGCGCUCAAAGUCCAACAGAAGCAGCGCCAGAAGCACUUUAACCGCCAGAUACCGGCAGCGGCAAUGCUGAUCCAGUGUCUUUGGCGGUGUUACGCCGCCGAUAAGAGCUUCCAUUCGGACGCCACCUGGCAGAUCUACGUCAAGUCGGACGACCAGAACGCCAACAACUCCAACACCAGCACAGCUCUCCCCGCGCAGCUGGGCAAAGUGAGUGCGUUGUUUAGCUGUGUACGUGUUUGUAUGUUUAGCAGUAUCAAAGAAGCGCCUAGAUCCCAUCCCGAUGUCCCAAAAAACGUCCCGUCAAAAUCGAAACCCCACAGAUUGGUCGACAACACCAACAACCUCUUACAAAGCUGUGCUGCCAUCUGUUUGUCUGAUUCUCUCUCCUCAUAA